UCGUGGACAACUCCUCCUGAAAUUAGAAUAUCCGAAUCCGUAUGAGAUAAAUAAGACAAGUAGAGUAUAAAUUAGGUAUGUGUAGGCACCCCAAUUUUGGAGUCUCCGAUUCUUCAAAAUCUUCCAUUUGGAAAGCGGGGCUUGGUCAAUCUGCAAACGAAUUCAGUAUAAUAAGCAAAGUUUCAGGGUUAGUGAAGUGGAGUAGUAGACAUACAUUUAUGAGGAGAAGGUCCUCUUCAGCUGGGGAGAUGUAUUCAGGCGUUGGUGGCUAUAAAUGAAAAAGAAACCGAAAAUGCGCUAGUCUUGGAGAUUGAGUGGAGUAAAAAUCAAGUCUUAGAGAUUGAGUCAAUCAUUAGAAUGUCGAACGCCAUAGUGAAUGGGAUUGCCGGAGCUGGAGGAGGGAUUGUUGCCCAGAUCAUUACUUACCCUCUGCAGACGGUGAAUACACGUCAGCAGACAGAGAGGAUUGCUAAAGAGUCGAUUCCUCCAAGUGCAUCAUCACCUGCUCUCAUUCAGAUUUUUCACCUCAUUAGAAGUGAAGGCAUCGGAGGGCUCUACAGUGGCCUCAAACCAUCUCUGCUCGGCACUGCAGCUUCUCAGGGAAUCUAUUACUCUUUCUACCAGGCUUUCAAAAACAAGGCUGUCGCCCUUGCCCUUGCAAAUAAAACAAAAGGCCGAGGAGAUGGCACUCCAGGAAUGCUCUCUUGGCUUCUUGUGGCUGCACUUGCUGGCUCUCUCAACGUACUCUUCACCAACCCUAUAUGGGUUCUUGUAACUCGUAUGCAGACCUACACUCAAGCAGAAAGGAAAAUUGUGGAGGCCAAAAAGGAAGCUCUGUUGAAGGAAGCAUCACAAAAUGCUCUAUCACAAUCUUCUUUGACCAUGCAAUUGGCUCAACUUGAUUCAAUAAAGCCUCGCCCUUAUGGAACAAUUCAAGCGGCAUGUGAGGUUUAUAAUGAAUCAGGAGUUGCUGGAUUCUGGAAAGGCAUUGUUCCAACACUAAUAAUGGUCUGCAACCCAUCAAUUCAGUUCAUGAUUUAUGAGAGUUUGUUAAAACGCCUGAGGAGUAGACGAUCUGCUAAGAAACAGGGAUCAACAAAUAUAAAAGCCCUGGAGGUAAAUCUGCUGACAUGCCUUGUAUUUUCCAUCAACUUGAUCUUUUUAGUGGGGGCCAUCGCAAAGCUAGGGGCAACUGUUUGUACAUAUCCGCUUUUAGUUGUCAAGUCAAGACUUCAAGCAAAGCAGGAGAUUGGUGGAAAUCUUUCAUUAAGAUACUCAGGUACAAUUGAUGCCAUCAUAAAAAUGAUACGUUAUGAAGCAGUGAGGAGCUUCUACAAAGGGAUGAGCACGAAGAUCGUACAAAGUGUAUUUGCUGCAUCUGUUCUUUUCAUGGUGAAGGAGGAGCUAGUCAAGAUUUAUGAUGCCAUGAGAAGUGUCAAGUGAUAGAGAGAAUCCACAAUUCCUUCUCUUACAUCAAAUUUAAUAUGAAGAAAAUGCAAUACAGUAUGAAACUAUAUAGUAUUGUUACCAACUUCAUGUUGCAUCUCAUGCAUAUAUUAAUAGAACUUUUGAAGCAAAAUCAUUAUUACUAUUUUUGCCUUAAUGAAAAUGUUGAGUUGUCCAGUUA